AUGAAGAUAGAUGAUGAAAGGCCUUACCAAAGUCAUAUUUUUCAUGAUCUUGCAUCUAACGGCAGUCCUAAAUUAGACUGUGAGGCUGAAAGACAAAGUGAUCUCAGAUUUUUGGCAGAUAAAAUGGUCGAACAGACCAAUCAAUCUGAACUUAGUUUUGUGAAGGCUGAGCAUCUGAAUGGAGGUAAAAUUGGGCAGACACGCAUUGAGGAUUACUCGUAUGACAAGGAUGUUGUAGAGAUAAAACUGCCCGACACAGUUCUUUCUUCUGAUUACGGUGUCCAUUUUGUCAAGGAUGUCUGCAUUGAUGAAGGAGUUCUUCUUGAUCAAAAGACUUCAUCAGAAAAGCAAAUAGAUCAAAAGGUGUCCAUAAACUUUGAUUCCUCAGAAUAUACAAACGGUGACCUAAGGGAAGGGAUAAGCGCUGGCUCUACAAAAACUGCACAUGAGUUAAAAUCAGAAAUAGUUAUCCUACCUGUCAUGUGUGACACUGAUGGCAAUACUGGGGAACAGAACUCGUGCAAAAAGCAUGAUCUUGAAGAUAACAACACUGUAGAUGUAUCUACCAAUUCUAAUGAUGAGGAAUUAAAUCCCAAACAAUUACCAUGUCAUGAAGUUGCACAAGAUUGCCAGGGUGUUGGCAGUGUCAUUUGCGAGAGCAAUGAAAAUCAGGACCGGCUUUUAACUGGAGAAGCAACCCAUCAGGUUUCAUCGAAUGAUUGUUAUGAAACUGGAAUUGGUAUUGCGUCUGAGACCAGUAACAUCAUUCACAAUGAUUUACCAGAAGAAUCAGCCGCUGCUGAUUUCUCGGUGGUGAUACCUGAGGAAGUUGCUGUCAGUGCUCCAUUGGAUAUGGAAGGAUCCAACCAAGUUAAUCACUAUAACCCUUUUAUUGCCUAUGGAUCACUAGACGAGACAUGGGAACCUAAUUACUCUUUCCCUACUAUUGUGGAUGCCGCUUCUAUAGCACCCAUUUGUCCUGUUGAAAAGACAGAUAGUUUUAGUGAUCUUGUCAACAGAGCACUGGAAGGAUUUGAUCCUAUUGAAAUAGAUGAAGCCAUAAUUGAAGAGAAUAGGUUGGAUUCUGUUGAAGAAAGUUCAAGUACAUUGGAUGUCCAAGCAUCUGAACAAUGUAAUGAUCAGGGAGAGAGUCUCACUAAUAAUGAUGUGAAAACUGAUGUAGCACAUGAAAUGGGCACUGCUAUAUCUCUAUCCACUAGCAAUGGAGAGCAUAGUGAUGUCAAAAGUGAGCAAGGUCAGAAACAUGAGAUUGAUGGUCAAGAUAUAAAUGAUUUCAACCCAAGAGAUGCGGAGCUUGGCACAAAAGUAAGUGAGGACAUAACGGAUAGUAAGAGUUCAACUACUGUGCAAACAGAAUCUGUGGUUCAGCAAAAUGGACCUGAUAGCGCAAAAGUGACUGCACAAACUGUUAUUCGCAAUCCCUUUGAGUCAAGCUUCUCUGGACCUAGCAUUACAUCAGGUCCACUAACGCCCUCUGGUCACAUACCUUAUUCUGGCAACAUUUCUCUUCGAUCAGAAAGUAGCACAACAAGUACUCGGUCCUUUGCAUUUCCAGUUUCAUUGUUUGGGAUUAGCACGACAACUGCAAGAACAGUGAAGAUGGACGGAUCAAGGCAAAAUCUAAAGUGCAUCGACUCCGACUGCACAACAAGAUGGACCAGGGACUCACCAUGGCUAGCACAGGCGUUGAAGUUGCAAGCUAGGAAGAAGAAGAAUUUGCUGAAGAGAAAAGAGGAGAGGAAGCGCGGCGUGGGGGUGCCGCCGCCGCCACUGCGGGCGCGCGAACAAGCCCGCCGCGGCCACACGGGCACGUGGGCGAGGUACGGAGUGCUCGAGGCUUGGCUGCGCCCCCAGGCGACGGCGAAUAAGGCGGCGGUGUUCGUCGUGAGGCCGGUGUUGUCGGCCAAGGACACCGCCGCGGCGCCCGGGGAGGAUCCGAAGAAGAAGCGGUCGUCGGGGUCGCAAGAGUCGGCGGCGCCGAAGCAGCUACCGAUGGUGCUGGUGCCCUCGGCGUCAGUGCGCACCUCCAGCUGCACCAAGGAGGAGGUCGACGCGAUCCUAAUCCAGUGCGGCCGGCUCAGCAGGAGCUCGUCCGGGGCCGGAAGGGCGGCGUCAUCCGGCGAGGCGGGAGACGGCGGCGGCGGACACCGCAGGAGGCGCUCGGGGUCCAAGCGCAGCUACGACUUCGACCAAGAGGCGAGGGACGAGGAGUGCGACCGGGAUGACAGACAGAACGGUGCGGCGGUCAUGUCAGCGUCGCCGCCGACCGGGGCUCGCCGCAAUGCCGGAAGCGGUCAGGCGAUCGGUCGCCCGGGAGACACGCGGAUGGCGCUGCGGCCUCUGUGGGCUACGGUGGGCUCGGUUUGUGGAGACCGCGCGAGGUAG